ACAAUAAUGAACAAUUCUAUUAGCUAUGGCAAAUGAUCGUAACCAUAAACGAGGCAACAAAGGCGGGACAGGGACUCGAAAGCAAAGAAAUAGUAGGGCCAAUUUGCAUGGCCAGCUAGACAUGCCGCAUUCAUCAGGGCCUGCACCUGUUCCCCCUCCUUCACAAAAAGCACGACCCAAACCAAUUCCUGUUUACAAAGGCACCCCAGCUUAUGAACAGAUGCAAAUAUUGCACCCAAAAACCCCUUGCGAAACAGACAUUGCAGCAGCAGAGCAACUUAUGGCUUUCCAAAAUCAAACCUUAUCCCAAACAGCUCAACGUGCACGUAGAUCGAAACCUCUGACUGCGGACCAACUGCCUCUCACCCUCGAUGAACAAGUCUUUGCUGGGGCGAUGGGAUUGUCCAAGGCAGAUAUGCUACAACAGAGAGAGUUCGAGAGACAGUAUGGGCUUGAGGAUAUGUCUAGUGAACCUGAGGAGGACGAAGAUACCUCUCAGAGGGUGUCUACACAAAGGACGAAGCAGAGGAAAAGAUUCAAAAGCAUUAGCCCUGCUGAGGAUAACCCACCCUCAAUGGAUUUCGAAGACUUCGAAGGAGUAGGACACACCUUCGAUGAUGAUCAUGACGGUGUUUCAAGUGACACAGAAGACGAACUGCAGAAGUGUCAAGCCCAUGCCUCGGGCCUCCAUUCCGCCGCUCGGUAUUCCGAAGAUCCACCUUUAUUGUAAUCUCUUCCUUAUUGUUCUUUCUCGCUACACAUACCCUUUCACUCUAGUCCCUCUUUAUUGUCUUUUACUUUACCCUGCAGGACUACACGUAUAACUCCUAGUAGUUAGUCUGGCGCUCCGCCCCG